CCUGGCGCUCACGGAGCGGGAGCGGCGAGGCGGCCGCUCUGCAGGGACGGGGUUCGGCCGCCGCCCCCCGUGCCGGCCUCGCCUCUGCCCGCCGGGCUCAGCCGAGCGGGCGGGAUCCGGGCCGGCGCCCAGGCCGCGGCCGGUGCGGCGUGAGCGGGGCCGCGGCGGAAGCCGAGGCGUCGCAGCUGCCGGGCCGGGCACCGGGCUGCUAAAGGCUCGCCGAGGGAUACAACCGGGCUAAAGCAGAAUGUGAAGAUCAACUACAGUAACUACAAUAAUAUAGCUGUAAAUACUAGUUUAGUUGUUAAAUUACCUUUCAAUCCAUUGAUUGCCGUACUGGCCGUGAAUUCAAGUGACCAGUAUGGCUCUGGCUGUGCUGCUGAACGGUGCUUCCUUCCCCGCUGGAUGCUGCAGGCACAAAGUUUUGCUCUCCUCACUUGGACCUCUCCUCAGCAAUUCAAAAUUGUACAGCAGCUACAGGAGGCCCGGGGCAGAGCCUGAGAAAAAACUGUCUUGGCAGAAUGUUGAUUUCAGCUUUAAGAAGACCAUUGAUCACCUGAAGACUCAGCUAAGCUUGCUGAAGAAGGAAACCCAAGAUUACUUAAAAGGACCUCGAGGCCAUCCAUUGAGUCAGCACUUGCUGGAACAAACAAGGGUGUUGUGGCAGUUUAGGAGCCAAGAAGAUUUAAAUAAAUGGGUUAUUUCCUCUGAUAUGGAGAUUGGAGGGAAAAGUCAAGUUUACAUCAAAUUGGGUAGGAAUAACCAGGCUGCUCUGCUGUAUGGAACCCUCAAUACAGAAGUGCCUCGUGAUGGGGAGACAAAAUACAGUGGAUAUUGCAGUAUGAGAUCCAGACCACUAGUGGGAUCUUUUAACAGGAAGAAGUAUUAUGACUGGUCAAACUUCAACAGUCUGUAUUUACGUGUCCGUGGUGAUGGCAGACCUUGGAUGGUAAACAUUUAUACAGACCCCUACUUCUCUCAUCAAAAGGAUGACCUCUACAGCUACUUCAUGUUUACCCGAGGAGGCCCAUACUGGGAGGAAAUACAGAUUCCAUUCUCCAAAUUCUUUCUCUCCAGUCGAGGAAGAGUCCAGGAUAACCAGCAUCCUGUCUGGUUAGACAAGGUUAGAACUCUUGGAUUCACCAUUGGAGAUAAAGUAGAUGGUCCAUUCCAGCUGGAGAUUGAUUUUAUUGGUCUGCUAAAUGACAGAGCUCAUAAAGAAAAGUUUGCCUAUGAAGCAUAUGACAAGAACACUCCAGUCUAAGUUGGGCUGGUGUCCUUUGGAACAUUCUUCAGAUAUUUGGUUUAUUUUUAUAAAAUACUUCUUAACAUGUGGUUUGUAACAGCUUGAAGAGCCUGUGUAAACAUUAAAAAGAUAAGUGCAUGAAGUGUGGCACCACGGGCAUCUUUAAACUCCCAAAUACAGACUCAUGGAGAGACUGUACACAGAUGGAUGGAUUGCAAUGUAGCCUGAGAGCAGUUGUGAUGUUCUUACAAAGUAGUAACUCUUUGGCUUCUGUCCUGACCUUUACUGAAAAAAGUAUUUCA